GACCCUGCCAAACCCCAAACCUUAAAUGUGCAUGGGACACCGCAGGACAAACUCUGAGAUGCUCAGCAAAGACUGGUAGAAUAUACAGUCUGCUUGACCAAUUUAACAACAUUUACAUUCAGAAGAUGCCGAAUGACUUUAAAUAAUGGCCCUGUAUUGAUGCGCCUUUUUCUGCCUGGGCUUCUUCUACAGAGAUUUCAAAUUAAGGCAGCACCUGUUGCUUUGAAUCUACAGCAAGGACACUGAAUAUCAUAUACCACUGAAACGCAGGAAAUCAAGUUCUUUGCUCUGAAGCAGGUGCACUCGAGAUGUCCACGGGUUCGGUGAGUGAUCCUGAAGAUCUCCAGGAGCUGUCAAUCACUCACAUGGACACACGCUCUCUAGAAGACUCAGAAGACGAGUUUAGUACUGAUGACAGUCUGAAAGCAAAGACCAAACUUCGAGCUACUGGCAACAACAACAAGCAACAAAUGAAGAUGAGGAAGGAUGGCAGACAGUCUCAGAGAAACGCAGCUAACGCCAGAGAGAGGGCACGCAUGAGGGUUCUGAGUAAAGCAUUCUCGCGGCUGAAGACCAGCCUGCCGUGGGUACCGGCAGACACCAAACUGUCAAAGCUGGACACGCUGCGUCUGGCAUCCAGCUACAUUUCUCACCUCAGACAGCUCUUGCAGGAGGACAGAUACGAGAACAGCUUUGUGCAUCCUGUAAACUUGACCUGGCCUUUUGUGGCCUCAGCACGAUCAGAGGACACCAAAGACAUUUCAGCAGCGGUCAGACUAUGUGGAGCUACAGCAUAAACAUCUGGCACCUCUCAGUCUUUUAUCCCCUCCAUCUCUCUCUCUCUCUCUUUUUACUGUCUGUACUCAUGCACUUCCUUUGAACUUACAUCAACUGACAUUAUGCAAUGAAUGCAACUGCAUGUGGACCUACAAUUUAAAGUCAGUGCACACAAAUCUGUCUUUAUAUAGCCUGAUGUUUUUUAUGUUCAUUCUAGCAAACAAAAACUGAUAUUACUAUAUGUGUUGAGAUAUUUGAAAUGAUGUCUGUAUUUAGCUUAAAACCAGCUCUCGUGAAAAACAAAAAAACAAAAAAACAAAAAAAACAACUUGCAUAUCCAGGGAAGCACUUUUAUUGUUUUAAGGCACUAGUAAUUUUCUAACCAUCCGGCAGUCAUUUAAAAAUACAUUCUAUUUUCCACUAAACAGCAACAUGACCUAUGUAAUUAAGACUAGGUGGAACAGAACACAAAAUAUGCUUGAUAUCUUGAGAUUUGUCUACAUAUGUUAUACUCCAAAGUAUGUUUAAGUUUAUUUAUGAAUGUGAUAUUUGUGGCUUGUUCUAUCUUUUCUUUUAAUGUGCUUUACAUUAUCACUGAAUGAAUUGCUCAAUGAGUGUCUACCUUGAUGCAUAAUAAUCUUGGACCAGCCAGCUAACAAAAAUGUAUUCUAAGAACAUUUUGCAAAAAUUCUCAUUAAGGUAUGAAUAACGUUUUUUUUGAAUGUUCUCUGACUUUUUUUGGUGUACGUUAGAGGAAACAUUAAGUGAAAAUUACAUUUUAUAACGUUGCAUAGUCUAUUAUGGCAAUGCUACUUUUGAACAGGCUAUUCUCUUAAAUUGGGGUAUCUGAAACUAGUCAGUAAUAUUUUUAAACAGUUAGAUAACGUCUAACUAAAAUGUUUCAAAAAAGCAUUCCAUGAACAAUAUGCUAACAUUUUGGAAACCUCAUUAAAGACCACAUACAUCUGAAUGAACCUUUAAAGUGUGUUCAUAACUUUGAGAGAAACAUGCCUAAACAUUCAAUGAUAAAGAGUCACUCUGUCACUUGAACAAUUGUAUCUCAUUUAUCGUGUUGAAUCUUAGGCUAUGCUUGUUUUCGGUUAUUUCGUUUGUGAGAAUACCCUAUUACACAUGAAUGCCAUUUUUCUUAGGAGGAACACUUUGAUGACUGUAUAUAUAGGCUAAAUAAAUUUCAUAAAGUCCAUACUGUUAACUUUCUGUAAACGGUUUUAGUCCCUUCAGAAAGACUAGGCUACUCAACAUCGUGUGCGUCCAUUUAUCAAAUGUGUAACAGUCUUUCAGAAUGCCUCAUGUUAUCACCUUAAAGUUAUCGCCCCAGAGUACACAACUUAAAAUAGGCUACUGUAUUUUCCAAAUCACAGAACCCCAAAUUGUGUGAGCUUGUGCUCAGGGACGAUCCAGGUAAAAUAAAAUAUAUUCCAGACUUUUCAAGGGCCCUCUCUUCCUUUUGGGCCCUGGUAAUCAGUACUGGUUUUACCCCCAGUCCGACGCCCCUGCUUGUGCUCAUCUGGACAUUAUAAUGUGUGCGGUUUGAAGAGGAAGCCGACUUUUCAUCACGUUUGUGGAGGAUUGCAGCUGUUGAGCCGUUAGUUUCCCAGAACACUGAACGGUUCCCUUGAGGGAGUCUCACAGGAGAUGAAGCACUUUGUCAGGCGAGGACAGCUCAGAAACGGCUCUCACGUUCUCCACCGCUGCUGCGGGAUGAGCGCUCUGGAGUUCACCGAGCUUACAAUGAGGAAAGCAUUAUCUGACUUCUUAAACCACCGUGAUUUGUCAUCCUCUUCUAACUGUUCAAACACAACAUUAUAGUAUCAGAACGCAACUGGAAUGUAGAGUAGAAUAGGCUACCUAGUAUUCAAUACACAGUAGAAAGUGUGCAUGUGCGUUUCAUGCAUCAUUCGAUCUGACAACAGUUUAAAAUGUAAUACUAAUAGACAAGGAAAAUCUUAAUUAAUAGGCUAGUACCAUCUAGUGGUGACCGAGCUUUCUGGCCACAUGAUACAGUAGGCUAGUUCUUAACCAGAGGCCCGGGGGUCAGUAGGUGCCUCAGUAACUUAUUAAAAAAAAAAAAAAAAAAAAAAAAUUCUUAUAUAUGUAUAAAUAGAUACCUUUGUUCAUUCAUUUUAAUUAGAUGGCCAAACAGCCACGUUUAACAUUACUUCUAGGUUUUGAAGACCAAAUGUGAUACUAUUAGCCUAUAUAUCUCAUUUGUUAUGAUUUGUUCUGGAUAUCACACUCAAACAAAGGAUUGAAAAAAUAUAAAAUAUAUUACAAAUACGAAGAAAAAAAAUACAGUGUUCUAUUUUGAUUGGGAUCGUAUUUGUUAAUGUGAUUCUAAACAGUAGUAGUUUUGUACAUAGCCAGCAGAGGUCGCUAUUGAUCCACAAUCCGCCUCAAUCAGCCUCAAUCACAGCAAACUUUCGACACUCGCUCUGUCAGCAAGUUUAUUGCAUUUUAACCUUGAUGCUUUCCUA